AUGCUUCGUGAUGGACUCACCGAUAUCGAUAAAACUGAUUCCACACAUUAUGCGACACUUCGCAACGGGUAUUCGUGCGUGCCGGUGGCAUUGUCUGAGGGGCUCGACAUUAGAUUGGGUACAGCGGUCACUGAAAUCACUUACGGUGGGCCGGGUGUCACUGUGAAGGCUGUCAACCCUCGAGCUCCCAACCAGCCGCAGACAUUUAAGGGUGACGUAGUUCUUUGCACACUACCUUUGGGAGUACUCAAAGUGGCCGUGGCAAACAACGGACAGAAUCAGCAAAACUUUGUAAAGUUUGAUCCCCCAUUGCCUGAUUGGAAAGUGGCGGCCAUAAAACGUUUAGGUUAUGGUAACUUAAAUAAAGUAGUGCUUUGCUUUGAGCGUACUUUCUGGGAUCCAAGUGCAAACCUCUUUGGACACGUCGGUACAACAACCGCUAGCAGAGGUGAAUUGUUCCUAUUCUGGAACCUAUACAGUGCUCCGGUUUUGCUCGCACUGGUAGCUGGAGAAGCUGCUGCUGUUAUGGAAAAUGUGACUGAUGACGUCAUAGUUGGAAGAUGUAUCGCCGUGUUGAAGAGUAUCUUCGGACACGCGGCUGUUCCACAGCCAAAAGAAUGUGUUGUCACCAGAUGGCGUGCCGAUCCCUAUGCUCGAGGUUCCUAUAGUUUCGUGGCUGUUGGCUCCUCCGGGACUGACUAUGAUCUACUGGCAGCGCCCGUACCCGAUUCCUCAGGAGAAAACAGAUUAUUUUUCGCCGGUGAGCAUACUAUGCGAAACUAUCCAGCUACAGUGCACGGCGCUUUCCUCUCCGGUCUUAGAGAGGCUGGCCGUCUCGCUGAUAUGUUGAUGCCACUACCUCCCAUUACUAGCGCCAGUGUAGCAGCAGCCACGGCUGGUCAUACUUGA